UCGGUGUAUCGGUGUGGGAAGCAGGAGAGAAGGGGAUCACAAGCCUGUGUUCAUGUUUGGGAUUCAGGAAAGCAUACAGAGGAGUGGGAGCAGUAUGAAGGAGGAGCCCCUGAGCAGCGGAAUGAAUGCUGUCCGGACGUGGAUGCAGGGAGCCGGGGUGCUGGAUGCUAACACGGCCGCGCAGAGCGGCGUGGGAUUGGCAAGGGCACAUUUUGAGAAGCAGCCCCCUUCCAAUCUGAGGAAGUCCAAUUUCUUCCACUUUGUCCUGGCUCUCUACGACCGACAGGGGCAGCCCGUGGAGAUUGAAAGGACAGCCUUCGUGGGCUUCGUGGAAAAAGAGAAGGAAACCAGCAGUGAAAAGACCAAUAAUGGAAUCCAUUACCGACUACAGCUGCUCUAUAGCAACGGUAUUAGGACAGAACAGGACUUUUACGUACGAUUAAUAGACUCCAUGACCAAACAAGCCAUUAUCUAUGAAGGGCAGGAUAAGAAUCCAGAGAUGUGUCGGGUUCUACUCACACACGAGAUCAUGUGCAGCCGCUGCUGUGACAAGAAGAGCUGCGGGAACAGAAAUGAGACUCCCUCCGAUCCAGUGAUUAUUGACAGAUUCUUCCUAAAAUUCUUCCUUAAGUGUAACCAAAACUGCCUGAAGAAUGCUGGGAACCCUCGUGACAUGCGAAGAUUCCAGGUCGUUGUAUCUACUACCAUAAAUGUGGAUGGACAUGUGCUAGCAGUGUCAGAUAAUAUGUUUGUACAUAAUAAUUCCAAGCACGGAAGAAGAGCACGCAGGUUGGAUCCUUCGGAUGGGACACCAUCCUAUCUGGAACAUGCAGCUACUCCUUGUAUCAAAGCGAUCAGCCCGAGUGAAGGAUGGACUACCGGAGGGGCCACCGUCAUCAUCAUAGGAGACAAUUUCUUUGAUGGCCUACAAGUCAUAUUUGGAACCAUGUUGGUAUGGAGUGAGUUAAUUACGCCGCAUGCCAUCAGAGUACAGACCCCUCCCAGACACAUCCCAGGCGUGGUGGAGGUCACAUUAUCCUAUAAAUCCAAGCAGUUCUGCAAAGGGACGCCCGGGAGAUUCAUUUACACAGCUCUAAAUGAACCCACCAUUGACUACGGCUUUCAGAGGCUUCAGAAAGUGAUCCCUAGGCAUCCGGGUGACCCAGAGAGAUUACCAAAGGAGGUCAUUCUGAAGAGAGCAGCAGAUCUGGUGGAGGCACUGUACGGGAUGCCACACAAUAAUCAGGAAAUUAUAUUGAAAAGGGCAGCUGACAUUGCUGAAGCUCUGUACAAUGUUCCAAGGAACCACAGCCAACUUCCUGCCCUCACCAACUCCUCUGUACACCCGAGCAUGAUGGGAGUCAACUCUUUUAGCGGGCAACUCGCUGUCAAUGUUUCUGAGUCAUCACAAGUCACCAAUCAGGGCUUCAACCGUAACACGAGCAGCGUAUCGCCCCACAGCUACGCCCCCAGCACCACCCCCCAGCAAUCCAACUACAGCUCCGUCACAACCAGCAUGAACGGCUACGGAAACACAGCCAUGUCCAAUCUCGCUGGAUCGCCCAGCUUCCUCAACGGAUCAGCUGCCAACUCACCCUAUGCCAUUGUUCCAUCUAGUCCCACAAUGGCUUCAUCCACCAGCCUCCCAUCCAACUGUAGCAGUUCCUCUGGAAUCUUUUCCUUCUCUCCAGCCAAUAUGGUGUCAGCCGUCAAACAAAAGAGCGCCUUUGCCCCUGUGGUCCGACCUCAGGCCUCACCACCUCCCACCUGCACCAGUUCCAAUGGAACCAGCCUACAAGACCAGUCCUUCGUGGACACUGGCAAGUUCCUCAGUACAGGCUCUCUGCAGGGCUUGGCCUUCUCCUGAACUAUCUCCGGGAUGAUUGCACCUCCCAUGUGAAACAAAUCACAGAGGAACUCAUCGAGAGUUUACUGUUAGAGAAAUUCACCUCUCACGUUUGGGAAGAACUCCUUUCUCUCGCUUCGAUCGAGAGCACCUUUUAACUCAGGCCUCUGUAUAGAGGAACCAUAGAACUGCGGAUUUAGACAAUGGCAAACACACAAAGAAAGACUUUGCAAUCACAAGAAUUGUUUGUCAAUCAUAUCAUUGUCAUGGAUCCCUGGACUGCCUAAAAGAUUCUCAAAGAACAAGAAGACCCUCGGGCACCAACAUUACCAUUACCAUGUGCUUGACAUGAUGUCCUUGGCUAGAUAUGCACCAAGAGCUUUUAGAUAUCCGAUCUUCUGAAAUGAUACUUCACGACCAUCUGUACGGAAUGCAGAAGAUCAUUUUAUAGUCAUGAAAGAAGUCCACUUUUUUGCUAUGUGUUUUGUAAUUAUUUUGAAAUGCCAUAAGAGAAUGAUGAUUGACAGAGUGUUUUUUUGCUUUAGGUCUGGUUGUCCUCAGCCUGAAAUAAUUUUAGGAUCUUUAAAUGGAAAAGGUUAGGAGCAAACGGUGGGUACCAAGACGUGGUCUAAUAUGUGACCGUCUUGUCAUAGCAUGAAUCAUUUUAUAUUUGGUUUUGAAACUCUAUAUCAGUCCAUUAGUACCCCCCUUCCCUUAUCACUAUUUACCU